AUGGCAGGACACGUACGACCCACCGUCGGGUACUGGAAACGUUAUCACUCCGCUCUUAUCAUUACUCAUCGAACGGAAACAUGCACACCGUCACUUCCAUCCUGCUAUAGGCUUUCUGCUUUAUCAAAGAGCAAGUCGGUUCAGACAACAGGGAUGGAUUCGCGUGGAAGGAAGAUAAUUGUUGUCGAUAACGGGUCUGGGUUUGUGAAAUGUGGCUAUGCGGGCACAAAUUUUCCAACCCACAUCUUUCCAUCACUAGUUGGUCGACCUCUUGUUCGAUCAUCACAGAAAGUAGGAAACAUAGAAAUUAAGGAUCUUAUGGUUGGUGAAGAAUGUUCACAACUUCGACAGAUGCUUGACAUAUCUUAUCCUAUGGAUAAUGGCAUAGUGCGUAAUUGGGAAGAUAUGGCUCAUAUAUGGGACCACACGUUUGGGCCGGAUAAAUUAGACAUCGACCCGAAAGAUUGUAAACUUCUAUUGACUGAACCACCCCUGAAUCCAAGUAGUAAUCGAGAGAGACUCUUUCAAGUGAUGUUCGAACAGUAUGGCUUCCAUUCUAUACAUGUAGCAGUACAGGCUGUGCUGACUUUGUAUGCUCAAGGUCUACUUACCGGUGUCGUGGUUGAUUCUGGUGAUGGAGUGACACAUAUCUGUCCGGUAUACCAAGGAUAUGCACUUCAUCACUUAACACGAAGGCUAGAUAUUGCAGGGCGAGACAUCACCCGCUACUUGAUUAAGCUACUGUUGCUGCGGGGUUACAACUUCAAUCACUCAGCUGAUUUUGAAACAGUACGACUGAUGAAGGAAAAAUUGUGCUAUGUGGCUUACGAUGUCGAGCAAGAGCAAAAGUUAGCAUUGGAAACAACAGUGCUAUCACAGACUUAUACUCUGCCGGAUGGUCGCACUAUUCGCCUUGGUGGGGAAAGGUUCGAAGCGCCAGAAAUACUUUUCCAGCCACAUCUCAUAAAUGUUGAAAAACCAGGAUUGUCAGAAACAUUGUUUGGAUGCAUACAAUCUAGUGAUAUUGAUACUCGACUAGACUUCUACAAGCAUAUUGUAUUGUCCGGUGGAUCGACUAUGUAUCCGGGUCUUCCAAGUAGAUUGGAGAAAGAAAUGAAGCAAUUAUAUUUGGACCGUGUUCUCAAAGGAAAUACAGAGCUUUUUCAAAAGUUCAAAGUACGUAUCGAAGCGACACCAUUUCGAAAACAUAUGGUUUUCCUUGGUGGUGCUGUACUAGCGAACAUCAUGAGAGAUAGGGACCAUGACUUUUGGAUCUCGAAGAGCGAAUACGAAGAGGGUGGUCUACAGCGGUGCUUAGUGAAAUUGGGAAUAAGGUAGGGCUUGGAACUCUGCUCACUCAGAAAUAAACGUCAGUCAAGGAGGUUGUUUUGAAACUCAACUCAUUUUCUAUUGUCGUUCGUCGUUGCUGCAUGUUCAGUUAUGUAUCGAAUUGUUUUAUGUUAUUCGAGAGAGACCCAUGCCUAUUGAUUUAUCGUUAAGUUAUUGAAACUAUUCUCUGGAAUCUUCUUGGCCCCCGAAUGUGAUAAAAUUUUAAAGCUAAUAAUGCUCCGUACUGUUAAUAUGCGCCCUAUGAUGUGUUGUUAUCGAUCACUUUUAUCAUUCUUGUGCUCUACUGCUCACUCCGAAGCUCUUACGAUGAACUCGGUCGACACUCUCGCGUGUACAUUUUUAUUAUGUCUCUAUCCGUCUGUCUGCCUGUUUGUUUGUCUGAUUGUGUCUAUUCUGUUACCGUCGCGUCCUCCUCUUCGCAUCCGUUUGUCAGUUUUCGUUUUUGUGUGUUA